AUGCGGGAGGUCCGGGCGUCCGAAAUCGGGCUUUUGAGCAGGAGACUGCUCACCUCGUGCUCCCUCCGCAACACUUCGCUACGAUCAUCACAGCUGGCCAGCCAGCCUCUAUGGCUACAGCCACGUACUUUCUCGACAUCCCGCACUUUUUUCAACAGCGAGUCUCUGUUCGGUGUGAAAGGUCCCCUCGCAGAGAACCCCCAAUCAUCGACGACGGCCUCCUCGACAUCGUCCUCUCCGACAGCAGCCGCCAAAAAGAAGCCCCACACUCCUUUCGCGUACGAUGCCACUUCCUCAAACUUCGAUAUCUCUCAACUCAUCGCCAUGGACUCCGACGACUUCAUGAUGAAGCACCACGCCGCUGGUCAGCAAGAGAUCGAGCUCCGAACUCGCCCGCAAACAGGCCGCACAAUCCACGUCACCGGCUCCCGCGACUUUUCCGCCGCAAUGAAGGCCCUCGAUGUCUCAACCAAGAGGAACAGGAUCAAGUCCCUUUGGCACGGGCAGAAGUUUCACGAGCGUCCAGGAAUGAGACGCAAGAGGCUCAGGAGGGAGAGAUCGAUAAAGCGAUAUAAGGAGGGUUUCGUCGCGACAGUGCGUCGAGUACAGGAGCUGACAAACCAGGGCUGGUAA